UCGCUUCCCGUACUAGUGACGGUCUCUCUACCUAACGGCACUGCCUCGUGCGACCGGCCAGCUGAGAACAACCUCGCGCUCGGAAGACGAGUCGGGAUUUGAGGAAAGAGGACGACGGUUUGAUAAACCAUGCAGAUACUCGGGGUCCCGUUUUUACUGUUUUGGCUUGUCUAUGGCCACUCCUUCGCUUACAGCGGAAAAGUAAACAAGCACAAGCCAUGGAUAGAAACAUCUUACCAUGGUGUGAUCACAGAGAACAUGGACACGGUGCUGCUGGACCCUCCUCUGGUCGCUCUAGACAAGGAUGCCCCGGUCCCUUAUGCUGGGGAGAUUUGUUCCUUUAAGAUCUUUGGUCAGGAGGCUCCAUUUGAGGCAGUGGUGUUAAAUCGCACAUCAGGAGAAGGAGUCAUGAGAGCCAGUAGCCCUGUGGACUGUGAGAGCCAGAAAGAGUACACCUUUAUCAUCCAGGCCUAUGACUGUGGGGCUGGGCCCACUGGGGCUGACUGGAAGAAAUCGCACAAGGCAGUCGUUCACAUCCAGGUGGAUGACGUCAACGAGUUCAGCCCCGUGUUUAGAGAGUCACUGUACAAGGCAUCAGUAACUGAAGGCAAGAUCUACGACAGCAUUUUACAGGUGGAGGCUUGGGACCAGGACUGUUCACCACAGUACAGCCAGAUCUGCAACUAUGAAAUUGUCACCGCAGGGACGCCAUUUGCCAUAGACCGCAAUGGUAAUAUCAGAAACACAGAGCGGCUGGCUUAUGACAAAGAGCAGAGCUACAAGAUUAUAGUGUCUGCAUUUGACUGUGGUCAGAAGAAAGCCAAGGAGGAUGCAGUGGUGCAUAUUGAAGUCAAGCCAGUCUGCAAACCUGGAUGGCAAGGCUGGAACAAACGGGUGGACUAUGAGCCCGGGACUGGGAGCAAGCAACUGUUUCCCAAAAUGCAUUUGGAAACCUGUGGAGGUCCCUUGUCUGGCGUGAAGGCGAUGGUAGAGCUGCAGACAAAUCACAUCGGAAAGGGCUGUGACCGUGAAACGUACUCUGAAAAGUCUCUGCAAAAACUCUGUGGUGCAGCAUCAGGCAGCACCGACCUCCUUCCUGCCCCCAGCCCUUCCACAAACUGGACAGCGUCUCUGCUCACUGACAACGGACGAGACAGCGACCUCAUCUACAGAUUUGAUGGGCGUCAGGCUGCAAAUAUUCCAGAUCACAUGGUGCCCCAAAACCUGACGGACCAAUUUACCAUAGCUACAUGGAUGAAACAUGGGCCCAGUCCUGGACUCAGAGCUGAGAAGGAAACUUUGCUGUGCAACUCUGACAAGACAGAGAUGAACCGCCACCAUUACUCCUUGUAUGUUCACAACUGCCGCUUGGUGUUCCUGCUCAGAAGAGAUUUCACACAGAUCGACACAUUCAGACCUGCUGAGUUCCACUGGAAACUGGAGCAGAUCUGUGACAAGGAAUGGCACUAUUAUGUAAUCAAUGUAGAAUUUCCUGCGCUAACACUAUUUGUGGAUGGUGUGACCUAUGAACCCUACCUGGUGACGGAUGACUGGCCAAUCCAUGCCUCAAAGAUUGAUACACAGCUGACUGUGGGCGCCUGCUGGCAAGGCGGCGAGGUAGCGACCCCAAGGUUCACUCAGUAUUUCCAUGGCAGCCUUUCAGGUCUGACAAUCCGACCAGGCCGCAUUGAAACCCAGAAGGUUAUCUCCUGUUUGCAGGCCUGCAAAGAAGGCCUUGAUAUUAACUCCCUUGAAAGCCUAGCUAAGGACAUAAAGUUUCAUUUUAACCCAGCUCAGUCUGUGCUGGUGGUGGAAGGAGAGGAUGUGGACAGCAUCAACACUGCCAUGACAAAGGUCUCCUACAUUAACUCGCGUCAGUUUCCCACAGCAGGCCUCAGACGGCUGCACAUCUCUACUUCAGUACAGUGCUUUGGAGAGGACACUUGUAUCACCAUCCCAGAUGUCAAGGCAGUGGUUAUGGUGCUGCCACCCAGUGAACCCAGAAUCACCAUUACGGGAUCCAAUCAACUUGUCAGGCCUGCCAGUGACCUCCGCAGCCCGCUGGGUGUGGCACCUUUCAAAGAGCUCCGCAUCACCAGCACAGUGAUGAAAGGAGACAGCUUUGGCAGAAUUCAUAGACCUGGUGUGAUGGAGGUGAUGCACAACCUGGAUUACUGUGACGUGUUGGUAAUUGGGGAGGAACUGAAUCCUGAGGAAGAGAGCCUGGAGAUUCAUCACAGUGCUCUGCUGGGAAAACACCUUGAUGCCACCAACUCCACCUCUGGAAUAUCAAUAUAUGGUGUGGACUCCAUGGCCCACUAUGAGCAGGCACUGAGACAGUUGCGUUACAAGAACUGGCGACCCGCCUCUCUAACUGAGAGGAAAUUCAGGCUCACCUGCUCUGAGCUCAACGGACGUUACACCAGCAACGAGUUCAAUUUGGAGGUCAGUGUUCUUCACCGCAGUGCACCUGUGGAGCAUGUCAACCAUAUGGCUGCCCAGUCCCAGUACAUGAGGCCAGUCCAUCACCCACUCAUGAUCCACACUCCCAACUCACACGUGUCAGGAGCUGCACCUCCUGCAGCAACAGUUGUAAUUGUUGUUUGCAUUGCUGCCCUGGUGGUGAUCGUGGUGAUCGGCAUCUACAGGAUCCACGCCACACAUCAGGAAGGCUCCAGAGAUGACGAGGACGAAGUCAAAGAUCCAGAGGUGGACUGGGAGAGCUCUACACUCAACAUCACUGUCAACCCCAUGGAGGACAUAAGAGGGCCUCAGGCGUUGGGAGAAGCGGUAAGAGAAGAAGAACAUGAGGAGGAGGAAGAUGAAGAGGAUGUUGAGCUAGUGGGAGGCGUGACAAUUGCUGAGUCAGAAAACAGCGAUGAAGAGGAAGAGGAGGAAUACGAGGGGAGAAAAGAGGUUAAUGGAAGGAAGCAAGAGGGAAAAUGCGAGUGGGACAGUUCCUCUGCAACAUACUGAGCACAAACAAAAGUCUACACACACUGUCUCUCUCUCUUUAUAAACCCACACACACCUACAUACAUACAUUAAACACAUAAUCAGUGCAGGUACAGCACACACGCACAUACAUGCAAAAAGACAUAAAAAUUGCUGAUGAAAUAAUUUACAAUCUGUUGCUGGAAAAUGCGCCGAUUCCUUCCGAGUUGACAUUUUUAAAGGAAUAUUUCCCUCUGCUGGACAAAGUGAAAAAUACAGCAUCACUGGAUCAAUCACAGUCUACAGCGCUGGAAAACAUCAUGUAUGUGUACAUUAUUAUUCACAUCACACAUAUUGAUGCAGAGCAUUUAUAAAUAUAUGAAACAAGCACAGUCAUCUCAUCCCUGUAUGUGUGUAGACUCGUCUGGAGGUCCCAAAAUCUAAUCUAAACAUACAAACACAUAUUUUAUUCCAACAUCUAAUACACAUGUCCACAAGUUGCUUUUUUAUUUAUUUCUUAGGCAGACUGUCUGCAAGAUGUUGAGUUAUCAUCAGUAAGAUAUAUCCAUACAUAUAUCCAUAACUGUUUUAGAUAUGACUCCCAUGAUCUAAAGAGUAGGUGUGACAUAGCUGUGCCCUCACUCUGUGUAUAUCCUCUACUGUUAUCUUUAACUGCAGUCAGAAACUUUCCUGUCAUCUGUGUGAUCACUGUCUGUUUCUCCACAAGCAUUGCUGUGGUUCUUUAGCCUGGACACUAAGCAGAAAACAUCUCAUCAUGCACAAUUUUUCCCUUUUGUUGCAUACAGUACAAAAAAAAAGACUAACCAUUGUUUAUUCCCUACUGCCUUUCUCUAAAGUACUUCAAAGAUAAAAUUCCCAUUUUUCCAUCAGCUUGAAGGCAGAAUUGGGUAACUGGUUGUAAUUAAAAUGCUCAAACAAAAGGGAAGCUGGCUUUUAAAAAACAUCUUUGUUUGUAUCUGUUGGUGUACCAUGUCUGUUCAUUGUGAUCUAAUGGGACUUUGCUGUUAAGUAGUUCAUCACUUCAUUGUGCAAACCUCUAGAGUAUUUCCCUUUUAACCAAAAAUUACACAGAGAUGUUACCGUAUGCUUCUGAGAUCUUCUGUGUCCAUUUUUCUUUUAUUAUAUAUUGUAAAGGAGCCUUCUGUGGAACUAGAAGGCUGUCGUUCAGACAUUACGAGGUAAACCUGUUAGCUCUCUUUCCCCUUACAGUCACUAUUUCAGUCACUCCAUCAUUUCUAAUUCUCUCACAUUUCUCCACAUCUAACUCUCUCGCAGCUAAAAGGACAAGUAGUGACUUCACAUCCUAAUUACAUGCUGAUCCAGAUUUAAGUUCCAGUGUGUGACGUAGUGACACCCCCGAACUACAGUGACAGCAGACAAAAAGAAAAUAAAAAGCCAACUGGGCCAGUUAGUCACAUUUCACCUUGUGCCCCAUGUGCUCCCUCUGACCUCUGUACCAGACAGUCCUCGUGUUCACCUGUCCCUCCAUCUCUUGGCCUUGAAGCACCUGUGAUUGUGAUGUCAUCAUUGUAAAACAACUGCCUUGUUUCCUUCGUCCUCCUUUGUCAUUUUAUGUUUCUGAAAGAAAAAAAAAUCUUUUACAUAUAAAAACAAACCCUGUAAAAAUGUUUAAGACGGUUAUUUUAUAGAUCUGUUUCUUUUUCUUCUUGUAAAUUAAAUGGUCGAGAUUUCUCUUUUUCUGGUGGUCAUCCCACUGCUUUCUGUAUAUUGACCAAUAAAGAAUUGUUUUAGACUCUA